CGAUUAAUGCUAUAUAAAAUACAUUUAUCAUCUCGACUAUUCUAAUAAAUAUUUUUUUAUUUAGAAUGACAGUGAUAAUACUAAAAAAGCUGUUAUUAGUCCAACUGGUGGUUAUGAUGGUAAAACUGAUGAUACAACAGGAGAAAUUGAAGCAAAUCGGAAACCAUCACCACGUCCAUCACCUGGUCGUACAACUAAAGAUUUAUCAAAUGGUACUAAUAAUGAAAAUCUUCCUACAACAAAUACAAUGGGUCCCGGUGAUGAUACAAAUGAUAGUGGAAUACAUGAAUCACAUUUAAUGAUGAAUGGUAUGCAAACAGCAUCCGUACCUAUACCUUUUCAACGGAUGCAAGCUAAUAAUCAACAACAACAACAGCAACAGCAGCAGCAGCAGCAGCAACAACAACAGCAGCAACAACAACAAAUGUUACUCUAUCAACAACAGCAGCAACAAGCUUAUCAAGCCCAAUAUCAAUUGCUUCAACAACAACAAGCUGCUAAUUAUGAUAUGAAUCAAUCAUCAUCAAAUUUUCAAACAUUUGAUUAUACAUUAAUUCAACCUCAAUCUUAUGAAAGUCAAUCAAUAAUGACAGCGUUUAAUCCGCAAACAAAUGGAAACAAUCAACAAGAUCAUCAAUUAGCUAAUUUAGCACAAACUCCACUUAUGUCAUGGCUUUCAAAUGCAAUGGCUGCUCAACAACAGUCAGCUAAUCAACAAUCACCAUAUGGUUCAUCAUCAAAUCAAUAUAUAAUUAAUGGUAAUCAAGAUAAUUAUUUACAACAAUUACAAAGUCUUCAUCAAUCACCAGCAACACUUCCAUCUUUACUUGGUCAACCACAAUAUUGGUCAGCAUUGCCAGCUGCUGUCGUUUUUCCAGCACCACCACCACAAGCAAUGUUACCACAACAACAACAACAAUCAAAUAAUGAACAACAUUCACCACAAUCAAAGACGAAUAAUAAUAAUCGGCCAUUAACACCAACAAAUUCAGGUGAUAUAUUGAGUACAUCACAACCUAAUCAACAACCUCAACAAUAUAUUAAUAUGCAACGUACAACACAAACACCAGUUAAUUUUCCAUUUUUUGCUGCUGCAUCACCAACAUUUCUUGAUCCAAGUAUGAUGAUGUCUAAUACACGACAACCAACUGGAUCACCUGGACUUCGAAUGUAUCCACAACAGAUGCCGAUACCAGUUAAUACAAAUAAUCAACCUGGUAUAUAUGGUAGUCCUGUUGCAAGUUCACUUUCAAGUUCAUUCAAUGGUAUGUUAAUAGAUUGAUAUUUCACUAAAAUCGCCUAUUCAUUUUUACAAUAACGAUAGUAGUAGUUCUACAUACAUAAUGAAUUAGAAAGGAAUAUAGGUCUUCGAAAUUACAGAUAUUUAAUCCUUUGAACAAGUACGAACAGUGUAAUGUAUAGUUUUUGGAGUCUAGAAAUGAUUUCUCUCUAUUGAAAAAAUCAAAACGAUGAAUAAUGCUCUUUGGUAGUCCUAAAAAUAUUCGAUUAUUUAUAUUGAAAUCAAUUUAGAAAAGUCUUCUAUAAACAUGCUAGCCUUUCAUUUUAUGAUAAGUAUCGAUUGAUUCUUUGAUCCAUAUC